AUGAACAACUACAAGGAUGUACCGGAGACGAUUAUACGAGAUAUGAUGAUGGUGGGACUUGGCCAAUUCAAGCAGAUGGCCAUCACUAUUGGCAAGAUGACCGAUGUUGGCGAAGACGACGCCUCUAGGAUUGCCGACAAGUUCAAAACAGAUAUGAUUAAGGCAUUCGGUGAACUUGUUGAUGCUAACAUGGAGGCUAUCGAAGUCGCUAUCAAGAAGCAGCUUGCCAGUAAUGGAAGCAAUGACGAGACUAAGCAUAAGUUGGAUGCUGCGGCACCCCAGGUUCGCAAGCGACCUGCUGAGGCCGUAGAGGGCCAGGAGCACGCCAGGAAGGCCCCCCGCCGUGCCCCCCGCCGUGCCCCCCGCCGUGCCCCCCGCCGUGCCCCCCAAGAACCCGACCAUCAACAACCGACUCGCCCGGCGUCCGCACGCGGCUAUACCGCGCAGCUUCGGCCCGCACGCCCUAAGGAGGUCAUAGUCAUUUCGGAUGGAGAUGACGAAGACGAUGAAGGGGAUAUGAUUCCCGCCAAAGGUUUACCGGUCGAGGAAUCUCGUUCUCAACGUACAUCUCAACGUACGUCGUCGCAGGCCAUCAACUACAGCAUGAAAUAUUAUUACGAUGCGCGUGGUCUUUCCGAUAUCUAA